UCUUUUGAGUUCAGCAGGAGAUUUAUUCCACAGACUGAUUCCGAGGUUAAAUAUAUCUAUUUCUUCCUUUUACUUCCGCGUGCAGAUUUCACGUGAUUUACGGGAAAAUUACUGCAAUGGAAAUCUGAACACCCGAUAAAGUAAUUUGCCCCUAAACUGAUUACGUGUCCUCCUCUAUUUAACUUGUGUUCAUAUUGGAACGUACACUUUUGUUUGUAAUCUGAAUGCAUCCCAAGGUGAACGUUGGAUGCUAAGUGCUCAGGUAUACUGACACCAGUCUUUCUACAGGUAAGGGAGAGAGGUCUGUCCCUACCGUGGCACAGAGUGAAUAUCCGAAACUGAAGCAAUGGAUUCUGUGCCUGAAGGUUCUGUCAUGAGCCAAUUUGAUAGUUCAGAGAAUGUUUUGAAUGUAAACCUGAGUGUACUCGAACCCAGAAGAGUGGUCGAGGUCUACGUCAAACGCAGUAUAACUCUAGCAGAAGCUGAUGUCAAAACGAAGAAAAUGAAGUGGAGAUCUCUUCCAGAAAAUGCUUCACCAAGAAACAUGAAAUUCAAGGGGGGAUCUGGCCUGAGUCGCCGAGGGAAAAAUCGCAGGGCUCAAGGAAGACAACAGACUGAGCGAGAGAACCAAAACCAUAGAGAUAAGGUGGUGCCUUCAGGCAGCAACUCUUCAAAUGUUGACUUGUGUGUGGAGGAAGCACCAAGCAAUGGCAAGAGUAAUGAAGGGAGUAAAUGGGAAAAAAUUCAAACAUUCUUUGGAAGAUUUGCCAAUUUCCUGUGGAGGAGGAAAGGUGACGAGAAGAAAGAUGAUGGGCAAAAUGAAGUGAAGGAAGCUGGCCCUCAUCAGGCAGAAAACCCUCCAGAAUGCAACGGACAGCAGCACUUUGCUAACAAGAAGGAGCCACCUGGAGAGAUGUCCCCCAGUCACAAGCUCAGGGAGAAGAGUAGCCGGUGGAGAGUUUUCUCUUUAAAGAAAAAUAAUUCUAAAGUUAAAGACAUUGAAUCUGAAUCCAGUAAGCGUACAGAGGUGCAACCCAAUGUGCAGGAUCUCAAAGGUGGCCGCAAGCUAGGGCAUAAAGAACCAGAACCUUUGUGUUUUCCAGAACGAGUUUCUGAGGAUCCAUCUGAUCAAGUGUCUGAGGAUGUCAAGGUGACUUUGGAGUCCAAUGAGGAAAAGGAACACCUUUCUGAGGAUCCAUCUGAUCAAGUGUCUGAGGAUGUCAAGCAGACUUUGGAGUCCAAUGAGGAAAAUGACAAUAAGCAAGAAGACAAGACAACAGAAGUAUUAGAAGCACAGAGCUUGGAUGUGUCUGAACAAGACACUGAGUAUCUAUAUGAGCAAGUGUCUGAGGAAGUCGAGUGGAUUGUGCGGACUUUGGAGUCCAAUGAAGAAAAUAUAGAGAAACGAAAAAGUAGGGCAGCAGAAAUAUUAGAAGCACAUAACUUGGAUGAGUCUGAUGAUGGCACUUGGAAAAUCAUCCAAUUACUUCAAAUUAUUGGUGAUGGUGUUGAAUUACAGCUCCAAGACAAUUCGCAACUAUCCACUUUCUUCACAAACAUUAGCUACAAUGCCUUCAAGGAACUGGCAGACCAAUACAUCCAAGAAGAGGUAAAGAACACGGGACAGGAGGAGAACAUGGAGAUUAUGCAGCUGGCUUUUACACUUGAUUUUACUGCAAAGGUUGCAGGGACCUGCCUCCAUCAGAUCAAGCGGAUCACAGGCUUUGGGAGCCAGUACCUCCAAGAAACGUGUUGGCAUCUACUCGGUUUCAGUGACCAGCAAGAAACAGUCUAGACUGAAGAUGGAGGCUGACUGGACAACUACUACUGCUUUACUUCCUGGAGGAUCUGCUAUUUCCUGAAUCACGAGAGGGGUGCAGUCUAAGCAGAACAAGAGCACAAACUGCCAAGUCCACAGCAGUUCCAUGCGACAGACAAGACACCCACACCAUAGCUCCAGGUUCUGCAGGAUUUCUGCUCUGAGAAUUAUUGUUUUGUUUAGUUCUGGUUUAAAAUAGUUAGGCACCCCUGCACCCAACUGCCGAGACAAUCGCAUGAGUUGAGUUGUAGAAUGGAGACAGUUCUGUGGUGCUAUCUCCGAUCUCAACAUCCAGUCUUUAAACAUUAUCCGACAGUGGCCAUGGCUAAAUGACCACUUUCUCAAGGUAGUGUCUGAACAUUCCUAUUUUGCAGAGAGUUUGGGUGGCACAGUGGCACAGCGGUAGAGUUGUUGCCUUAUGACGCCAGAGACCUGGGUUCGAUCCUGACUCCGGGUUCUGUCCGUACGGAGUUUGUAUGUUCUUCCUGUGACCGCAUCGGUUUUCUCCGGGUGCUCCGAUUUCCUCCCAUAUUCCAAAAACGCGCAGGUUUGUAGGUGAAUUGGCAUCUCUAAAUUGUCCCUAGGGCAUAGGGUAGAAUUAGUGUUUGGGUAACGUGGACACGGUGGGCCGUAUGACCUGUUCUAUGCUGUAAUUUUAAAUUAAACUAAACUAAGUUCCCUGUCAUCACUCAUCCCACUGUCUAAUGGGCAGAGUGAAACAACUGAACAACUUCUUGUCAGUGCAGCUGUUGGAAUGGGAGAGUUGCCGCCUUACAGCGAAUGCAGCGCUGGAGACCAGGAUUCAAUCCUGACUAUGGGUGCUGUCUGUACGCAGUUUGUACGUUCUCCCCGUGACCUGCGUGGGUUUUCUCCGAAAUCUUCGGUUUCCUUCCGCACUCCAAAGACGUACAAGUUUGUAGGUUAAUUGGUUUGGUAAAUGUAAAAAUUGGGGAUAGGAUCGUGUUAAUGUGCUGGGAUCGCUGGUCGGCGCGGACCCGGUGGGCCAAAAGGGCCUGUUUCCGCGCUGCAUCUCUAAACUAAACCAAAGUAGGGGAACAGGGAUUCCUGAUCAGUUUGUACUCUGACACUGUCUCAAAGCCAAAUAUACCCCUCCAUUGAAUAUCCAUAUGCUUUACAAUUCAUAUAAAGAUAGUAAGAAUUGAGUAUGCAAACUGACUAUUAGGUAGGCCAAUCAGGCAAGUGAUUUUAUUUCUUCCUUAAAGAAGGAUCACAUUUGUAAUCAAUUGAUUUCCACAAAAAUACAAAUUAAUUCUAUCAAA